CCGCAGUGCCCGGUGUAUGCUGGGAGUCGUCCUUCCGCGUCCUGGCCUUUCUGUCCUUCCGGUCCUAAAUGUGAGACUCCAACGCGUCCCGAGAGUCCAGACAGCCGUGCUGGGCUCCGUUGAGGCCUCGGGAGUGCGCAGGCGCAGCCCUGUCCCUGCGCCCCCUGGUGGAGCCGGCCGAGGAGAGCGCAUGCCCCUGGCGCCCCCUGCGGUCCAGGCUCGUACAUACUCUGCCAUUCCCCAAGCCUGGAGGAUGGAGGAGGAGGAGAUGGGUGGGACUGCGGGGCUCCCAACAGCCAGAUUUCAGGAAUCACUGGCGUUCAAGGACGUGGCUGUGGAGUUUACCUGCGAGGAGUGGCGACGCCUGGAGCCUGCUCAGAGAGACCUCUACAGGCAGGUGAUGAUGGAGAACUACAAGAGCUUUGUCUCCCUGGGGCUGCCUGUUUCCAAGCUGGAUGUGAUGUCCCUGUUGGAGAGAGGAGAGGCACCGUGGAUGCCCAAGGGAGAAGUGCUGAGGAGAUACUCUCGAGGUUCCUGUACUCAAGAGAUCAGAUGUGAAACUCAGGAAUCAAGAUGGAUAUGGGGCAUUUGUGAAGGAAUAUCUUCAGAAAAGAGUCUAGAAGAGGACAGUGCCUGGCAUUAUGGAGUGGAAGAAACUGGAGAAUGCAAUGUCAUUUUAGAGAUUCCGAAGGAAAGAGGAUUCAGACAAGCAUCAGGCAAUCUCGGAACAACUUUGAACAUAGUGACCCUGCCUCAAUGUAAUGCAUUCAGGAAAAGUUUUAGCCAGGGAUCUGGAUUGGCUUCACCAUUGAGAGGUGCUGUUGGGAAAAAUUCCCAUAAAUAUAAGAUACUUACUAAAAGCUUCAGAGGAUUGUCAGAUCUAAUUAAAUGUACUCCAGUCUCUAUAGGGAAGAACCAUUAUAAGUAUCCUACUUGCAGGAAGCCCUUCAGUUACCACUCAGACCUAAUUAAAUUUCAUAGACUACAUGCUGGAGAAAAGCUACAUGAAUAUAGUGAAAGUGGAAAGGCCUUUGGCCAAAGACCAAACCUCACUGAACAUCAGAGAAUUCAUACUGGAGAGAAACCACAUGAAAUCUCUAAAUGUGGAAAAGCCUUCAGUGACAGGAGACUCUGGAUGCAGCGUGAAGGAAUUUAUACUGCAGAGGAACCCUUGGCCUGUCAUGACUGUGGGAAAGCCUUCAGUAAGAAGGGACACCUUAUUAGCCAUGAGAAGAUUCAUACUGGAGAGAAACCCUUUGAAUGUAAUAACUGUGGGAAAGCCUUCAGCAAGAAGGGGCACCUUAUUAGCCAUGAGAGGGUUCAUACUGGAGAGAAACCCUUUGAAUGUAAUAACUGUGGGAAAGCCUUCAGCAAGAAGGGAUACCUUAUUACCCAUGAAAGGAUUCAUACUGGAGAGAAACCCUUUGCCUGUAAUGACUGUGGGAAAGCCUUCAGUAAGAAGGGACACCUUAUUAGCCAUGAGAGAACUCACACUGGAGAAAAACCCUUUGAAUGUAUUGAAUGUGGGAAAGCCUUUAUCCAGAAAGGAGACCUUAAUAGACAUCAGAGGACUCAUACUGGAGUGAAACCCUUUGCAUGUAAUGAAUGUGGGAAAACCUUCAGAGAGAAGGGAGCCGUUAUUAGACAUCAGAGGACUCAUACUGGAGUGAAACCCUUUGAAUGCAAUGAAUGUGGGAAAGCCUUCAGUGCAAAGGGAACUCUUAUUAUACAUCAGAGAACUCAUACUGGAGUAAAACCCUUUGAGUGUAAUGAAUGUGGGAAAGCCUUCACAGAAAAGGGAGCCCUUAUUAGACAUCAGAGGACUCAUACUGGUGUAAAACCCUUCGAGUGUAACCAAUGUGGCAAAACCUUCAGUAGGAAGGUAUACUUUAUUAAUCAUCAGGUAAAUCAUACUGGAGUAAAGUCACUUAUUUAUAAUGAAUAUAGAAAAGCUUUCAGCCCAGAAGGAUACCAUAAUAACCAUCAGAUAUCUCAUACUGGAGUAAAGCCUUUUGGUUAUAAUGAAUGUGAGAAAGAUUUUGGUCUGAAGGGACAUCUUGAAAGUCAUGAGAAAGCUCAUGCUGGAGACUGUGAAGCCUUUAGUGAGAAGGGAUACCUUGAAAGUCAUAAGAGAGCUCAUACUGGAGAGAAAUCAUUUGAAUAUAACAAAUGUGGGGAAACAUUCAGUCCAAAGGGAUGUCUUGAAAGUCAUCAAAGGUCUUAUACUGGGGAGAAAUCCUUCAAAUAUAAUGAAAGUAAGAAAGCCUUCAGUGAGAAGGAAAAAUCUAAUAGACAUCAGGGGACAGUUAAACCUUUUGAAUGUAGUGAAUGUGGGAAAGCCUUUAUUGCCAGGGGAAGCCUUAUGAGACAUCAAAUAACUCACACUGGAGUGAAACCCUUUGAAUGUAAUGAAUGUGGGAAAGCCUUCAGCCAGAAAGUACACCUUAUUAAACAUCAGUUAACUCACACUGGAGUAAAACCUUUCAGUUGUAAUGAAUGUGGAAAAGCCUUUAGUUUGAAGGGACACCUUGAAAGACAUAAAAAAUCUCAUUCUGGAGAGAAACCAUUUGAAUGUAUUGAAUGUGGAAAAGCCUUUAGUGAGAGGAGAACCCUUAUUAGACAUCAAAGCAUUCAUACUGGAGUGAAACCCUUUGAAUGUAAUGAAUGUGGGAAAACUUUCAGAGCUAGGGGAACCCUUGUCAGACAUCAGAGAAUUCAUACGGGUGUAAAACCCUUUCAGUGUAAUGAAUGUGGAAAAGCCUUCUCUCGGAAAGAUGAACUCAUUAACCACCAGAGGACUCAUACUGGAGAAAAACCCUUUGAAUGUAAUGUGUGUGGAAAAGCCUUCAGUCAAAAAAUAUACCUUAUUAACCAUAAGAUAACUCAUACUUGUAAGUUGUAUUCUCCCAGUGCAGCAUGGUUAACUUCUCAGUAGUAGAGGACACUCUACUUACCUAUGAGAUAAAUUAUCCUGAUGAAAACCCUUGUGCAUCUAACACGAGAAAUUCUUGGGAAACAUCAGUGAGUUAAUGUGAAGGAUAAAGAUUCUCAGUUGCACGAUGAUGGAAAUUCAUCUAGGGUGUUGUACACGCACGUCCUAGAAUCUGUGCAGGAGAAUAUGUGGAUGUAAUAAUGUGGGGCAUAGUCAUUUUUUUUAUAAAUAAUGGAGAAUCAAGUUGGUAAUGAAUGUCACUAGGCACCAUAUUGUUUUGGUUUCUCAGAGAUUAAAAGAUGACUCCUUCCUUGUCAAUCUUUGUUUUAACACACCAAAGAUGUCAUUAGGUGGCAAAUAGAGUUUCUUAAAUUUGUUGAUGAAGUGUGCCUGAGAGUUUGAGGAUUUUUGCUAAACAUUUUGGCAAAAGCACUGAAAUUGCUCGUACAAGAUGAGAUCUCUGAAUUUUUUUUAAUCCAAAAUUACUAAUUGUUAAAAAAACAAAUAUUUAAGUUUGAAAAACAUAAGCAUAUGUGAAACAGUAAUCCGCUUUAUACAUUGUGAAAUAAAGUAGUUAUCAUUCCCACAUUUGGGGGGCUAGGGGUGUGGCAUUCCCUCAAUCUGGAAAAUCCAUCCCUCCUUUAUACCAGAGAAGUCUGAAUUUUCUCUUUUCCUUUUGUGGGGUGUUUACAAUACCUUUUUAUAAAUUGGGGGUUGAGUAUGCAUUUCUGAGUUUAAAAACUUUCUGUGUCAUCUGAAGCUUCUACAAAACUCCCCCAAAAUUCCCAUUUAAUUUCUUAUGCUGAUACAUGACAUAUUGAAACCAUGGUGGGGAAAAUUCACAAUAGAGAAGAGAUAACUAUAAAUGUAAAAAAAAAACCUGUAAAAAUAAAAGAUAAAAUGUAAAAUUUACUUCCACAAUAUGAUAAUGGAAAAGUUGUUUGUUUCCUUGUUGCCCUAUGAAAUCUUUUUGUUUCAUGCAUUUUUCUGGAUGAUUUUGAUGUUUACACAAAAUCAGAGUGUAUAUGUUUUCUUCUCCCUCGGUGUUCUUCAUGCUGCAUCAUUUCAUAUAAAUCUUGCCUAGUACUUGAAGAUUCAAAGAUGGAAUAGUACAUAGUACUUGGAAUUAAAGGAACUAAUUAUUAAUAAAGGAGAUAACUUACUCACAGAUACCUUACAAUAGAAGUUAUAAUGGAAAAAGAGGUCUAAAGUGAGUGCUAAAUUAUUCCUUAUUCAAAGGCACCACUGCCCAUCCCUAGAACAAGUUUCCAUCCAAGUCAUAUGUUCUGUUUCCAUUUCACAUUGAUACAAUCCAGUACUGCAUUUUUUCCUAAAGAAUAAACACUGCUAAUGAAAUCAGGGUUAGAGCCAAAAAGAAGUUUGGAGAUCAUGUAGUCCAGCUAUCUCAUUUUAUGAAUGAGGAAAAUCAAAUCCCAGAAAAUGGGAGUGGUUGCGGGUCUCAAAGAUCAUGUCAGAAAUGAUAUUUGAAUUGGAAGCUCUUGCAGUAUGAAUAACUUUGAUUCUUCUGAGAUCAUGGAGUUUCAAAAGUUACAGCCUCUAUAUCAUGAAUCAAUUGUCAUCUUUUGUAAAUAUGGGAGAGUCAAAUUGGUAAUGAAUGUCUUCAGCUACCUUAUUGUUGGAAACUUUUGUGAAAUUAGUCUGUAUUAGUAUUAUUAAAUUAGUAUUAAAAGUCA